AUGCGCACACAUUAAUUUUGUGUGGACUAGGAGGUGAAAGGUUAUCAACCAUUAAAAUACAUGCAAGCGCAAAAUACCUGCCUGAAUAUUAAAACUGUCGGAGGAUUCUAGCUACACCUAGUACCUAUUAUUUCUAGUACAACAUGGAAGACAUAGAAGCGUAUGUUUCCAAGUUAAAAGUUGUUGAACUCAGAGAAGAGCUCAAAAAACGUGGACUUACUACAGCUGGUGUAAAGUCUGUUCUUGCCCAGAGAUUGCAAGAAGCAAUGUCCAACGAAAUAGAAGAGGAUGAGAGUGUACCGGAGGAUCAGCCUACUGAGGAAAAAUCUGUUGACAGUGAGGGUGUCCCGGAGGACCAGCCCACUGAGGAACAGUCUGCUGAGGGUGAGGGUGUCCCAGAACACCAGUCCACUGAGGAACAAUCUGCUGAGAUUGAGGGUGUCGCGGAAGACCAGCCCACUGAGGAACAGUCUGCUGAGGGUGAGGGUAGAGCGGCUGAGGCUGAAGUACCUGAGGGUAAUGCUGAGACCCAGAUGGAGGAGGAGCCUAACGUAGAAGCAGUGCAGCAAGAAGAGCAAGAAGGUGCACAGUCAGAUAUAAAGCCAGAGACUCAGCAGGAACCUUCUGAGCCUGUUCCGUCAGAACCAGAGCAAGCCGAGCCGGUAGCUGACAUGGAUACAACCACUACUGAGCCCACUCCUAAAGUAUACACUGGUGUGAACCAGCCUACGCCAGAGGACGACACCACAAAGGUUGAUGCCAGUAGUGCAAAUGACGUUAUCCCUGACAGUGCUACUGACACCACUGUUAAUCUUGAAGGAGAUGCUGCUGUUGCACCAGAUGCUGAUAUUAGUGCACUCUCUGAUGGAGGUGCUGAGAACCUACCUAAAGCUGAAGAAAAAUCAGCUGUAGAAACGUGUGAUGCACCUGUGGUUAAGGAGAGUUUAGUCAAAACAGAGCUGGAGGAGCAGAAGAUGGAAACCGAUAGCUCCGAUACUAUGGCCAAGUCUGAGAAUGGACAGGAUCAAUCUGAGUCUGCCCAAAUUGGUACCAAGAGGUCUCAUGACGUUGAGCACCCUGUGAAAACUGAACAGACCAAGUCAGACCCAUCCCGAGCCCCUGACCCUGAAGAGCCGGAUUCAUUUGAUGACAGCCAAGUGCUUAUGGAUUCCAAGUUUCAGCCUCCAGAAGAUGCUAGUAUUGUCACUCUGCACAAGUACACCUCUGACCUGUUCUUCGAUAUCAGAGAGGAUGGUUUAGGUGGGUGUGGUCUCUCAGAGCAGGGAUUCGCUAGGUUAUGGGCAACAACACGAGGCUCAUCUGGGGUCAAAGGUGGCCGCUAUUACUAUGAAGUGAAAAUAGAAGAGAAUGUGAGUGUUGAACUCCCAGAAACGGAGGAACAUCCACACGCCAUCAGGGUUGGUUGGACAUUAGAUGACUCCAAAGGGCUAGGAGAGGACAACCACUCGUUUGGAUUCGGGAGUACUGGGAAGAAGGUUGUCAAUAACGUGUUUGAGAGCUAUGCUGAGUCUUAUGGACCAGGAGAUGUCAUUGGCUGCUUCCUGGACCUUGAGAAUUCUCCUGCUACAAUAUCCUUCUCCAAGAACAGCUGUGAUCUGAGUGUAGCCUUUACCUUAGAGGAGUCUUUGUCUGGUGAAGCAUUCUUCCCAUGUGUUUCCACCAAAAAUGUUGCCUUCAGUAUCAACUUUGGGGGGGAUCCGUGGUGUGAGGCUGAGGGAGUAGAAGGAUACGCCUUGAUUCAGGCUGCUGCUGAGGAGUGCAGGGUUUCAGCGCCACAGGCACCUAAAUCAGUAGCUGAGUGUGAAGUGAUCAUGAUGGUUGGGUUGCCUGCCUCUGGAAAGACCACUUGGGCUGAGAAACACUGCAGCAAGUACCCUGAGAAGCGGUACACAAUUCUGGGGACCAACCUCAUCAUGGAGCGGAUGAAGGUGUCUGGGCUGAGCAGAAAGGCAAACUACAAGUCACGGUUCGAGGCUCUCAUUAAGAAUGCCACUGAGAUGCUCAACAAGCUUUUUUUGUUAGCUGCAAAGAACAACAGGAACUACAUCAUAGAUCAGACAAAUGUGUAUCGGAAUGCCCAGGAGCGUAAGAUAAAGUACUUUGAGGGUUUCGUACACAAGGCUGAGGUGGUGGUCCCUCCUCAUCAUGAACUACGCAGGAGGACUGGUCUCAAAAACGAGGAGAUGGGCGGUCCCCUUCCUGAUGACGUUAUCAAUGCCAUGAAGGCAAACUUUUACAUCCCUAAGGCAGGUGAACAUUUCCAAGAUGUGAAUUACUCAGACAUAUAUGGGAUAGCGGCAGAGAAAAUUGUGAGGCAGUAUCGAGAGGAUGCCCUGGGCCUUCCAUCCUACCCUCAGUCAAAAAGGGGUCGUUACGAAUACAGAGGUAACAGUGGUAGUCGUUACGAAUACAGAGGUAGCAGUGGAGCUCGGGGUGGGGGAUAUUCAGGAUACUCUCCUCACCAAAACAGCUCAUAUGGUUCAAAUAGAAGCUCUUACAGCCCUCGUGGUCAGUAUGGCUAUGGAGGGAACUCGUACGGCUAUCAACAACGGACUCCCCGUUACAAUCAAUAUGGGACUCCUGCGCCACCUCCUCCCAUGUACGGCAAUCCCAGGGGAGGUCCUUAUGGUGGCCCUCCUCAGCACUAUCGAUCCCCGUAUAGUAGUCCAGGAAAUUAUCGAGGAAACUAUGGAGGACAAACCCCUCCAAGAAGAGGUAGUGGUUACUAUGGCCGUUACUAACUUUGAACAAAAAUAUAUAAAUGUAUGUGUACUCUUUUUUGACUGAAAUACUUUACUUGUAGCAAUGUAGGUACACAUGAUGUCCGUACGUAUACUUCUCUUUUGUACUUUUUCUUUCUAAUGUCCCCUGCACUCGCACAGUAGCAGUACGUCAUGUGUGUAUGAUUUUAUACACGCAUAAUUAUAUAUAUACUGCACCACUUCAA